AUGGAAACACCAUUUCCUGUUAUCAUGGACUCCACCGAUCGCUCGAGCCGAGGUGAGCUCGGCGGACCGCCAAUGGUCAUUCAACAAUAUGCGCGAUAUCCCCCGACCUUGGAAUCGACGUUACGGAGUGCUUCUUCCUUAGGAAGUGCUCGUAGCCAAAUAGAUAUCAACAAAUCACCACCUUUACAGCGAAGAGAAACCCCAAGGAGCUUACAGUCUUCCCCGAGGGGCAUGCGUUCUGCUAUACCACCAUCAUCGGCCAAUCAGUCCGGGACGUCCAUGUCUCCGCCAGUUUUCGAUCCUCAUCGCCAUCAGCCGAUGAAAGAUCCUGCCGAUCACGCAGAUUCCCGAAUUCUUCCGUCACGGGAUAUCACUGAUGAGACGAUCGAUGAUGCCUAUGUCGCAUUUAUCUUGUACUGCAAUCCUAAUGUUCCAUCAUCAGUUGACACGUCAGAUCUGCGAAAGACCUUUCGGUGUCUCCCGCGGAGUGAUGGAAAAAGCUUCAACAUCUUCACUCUAUACGGGCUCAUUCGAAAGCGGCUGCAGAACGAAGAGUUGAAGACAUGGAUUCAACUAGCAAUUGAACUGGGUGUCGAACCACCCUGCAUUGAAAAGAAGCAAAGCACCCAGAAGGUGCAACAGUACACUGUUCGGCUCAAGCGUUGGAUGCGUGCUAUGCAUAUUGAUGCUUUCUUUGAAUAUUGUAUGGGACUGCCCCAUUCUUACUAUACGCAGCUCCCACCAUCCGGUCCUUUUGUCAGCGAGUCCCGCGACGGUGUGUUAUUGGAGGAAGAUCUCGCACUCAGGGCACUUGUGCCACAAUGGAAGCCAAAGCGGGGAAGGAAAAGGGUUGAGGAUAGGUACAGCGAGGAAGAUAGAGUGAUCAAGCGGCCACAGUUGGAUACAUCUGUUGGCACCGUACAUCAGGGUAGUUUUCAGUCCCACUCCGUGACAUUCCCACAGAGUGCGAUUCCAUUCAGUGCAUUUCCUGAUGAUAUGGAACCAAGUGACCCUUGGACAGCGGCGACCUCGUCAUAUCCGAAUGGUUCAGGGCCGGAUCAGCCAAAUCAAGACACACGCUGGAGACUUCCUGACCGGGAUGCCUCUCCUGCUAAUUAUCCACAGUCUGCUAUUAUCCCACGGAGUCAUCUACCAUCAGACGUCCACAUGUCUGCGGAACCACGGUCGGCAGUCACUCCGUCAACUGGUGAAAAGAGCCGUUCAAGGAGGCGGCAUGGCCCUGCAGUUUCAUCUGCUUGGCCGAACAGCAAUGGCUUGUCCGCUGGGAAAGGCCGAGGCAGGCCACCAAAUAGAGGGUCAUCAUCGGGUUCUUUUUCUACCUUCCAGAUUAAUCCUAGUCGGGAAUCAUCACAGGCACCCCUUCCGAAUACUCAAGCUCCAUCGCUUGCCCUUGAGAGAAAUCCGCCGCAAAUAUUUCAGACCCCUCCUCACAAUCAACCUCCAACAUCUAUCUCUCAGGGGCGGCCCAAUAAACUUCAAUUACAGGUUCCUCAACAUUCAGGGGCGCCGGUUCGACUUGCCACCCCACCGAGACUAGUAGUUAAUGGUGUGAAUGGUGCUGUCAUUCCCGCAUCCGAAGAGCCCAAUGGUUCCCGCCGAUACCCCACUACAGAUACUCCAAAGAAUGGUAUCACUGCUCCAACAUCCUCCGGUGGGCAAAGUAAUGCGGUCGCUACUACGAAUCCCUCCAUCGAUGACAUUGUCCAUGCACUUUCUGCAGAGCUUCUUCGUGCUAGGCUGACAGGGGGGACGGGGACGCUCGCUCCCAAUGAGGCCGGUGCCCUAGCUUCGGCAAUGGUGAUCAAUUUGUCUUCAUUACAUUCUCAGUUCCAACUUGGAACUCCUUCGCUGCUACUGGCCUUUCACCUUGGCGUUGGUCAUCAUUUCGGAUUCGCAGGCACUAAUCCAGGGUCACUGGUUAUCAAGGCAGAACGUGCGAUUCCAAGCAGCGAUGGGAAUGGGGGUGCCCCUACCUCCAAAGAAUCAUUCAGCGGGGUCCACUAUACCGUCUCCCAUGAGUACAAAACUUCAGCCCAAUUUUCGAUGCAAAUCACGCUCGCAAACGGCAAUCCUAACAUAGGAGGGACGGGUGCGUCUGACCACACAAGCACGAUGAUGGGUCCGAGUCAUGAGAACAUCGAUAACGAUAAGACGGCGGAGCUGGAUUCUGACGAUGAUGAUCCCAGCCAGCCUGUUUCCGAGGCAACAUGGAAGCAGCGUUAUACAAGACUCCGUGCUCAGAUGCAGAAAAAGGACCAGGCUUUGUCGCAAUACAAGCGAAAGAUCGUGGAAUCUGUGAUGGCGGACAUAUGA